GAGAAAAUACACUCAAUUUGAAAUGCCAUAUUCUGAAGACUAUAUUAAAAAUAAACUAAGUAAAGUACUAGAUCCUUCACACAUUGAAAUUGAAGACCAAUCGGAUGGUUGUGGUUCAAAAUUUUCUGUAGUGAUCGUAUCCGAAAAAUUUCAAGGGAAAUCUUUAUUGCAACGCCACAGACUCGUCAAUUCAAUUUUGGAGGAAGAAUUGAAAGAAAUUCAUGCUUUUUCGCAAAAAACAUUAACUCCCGAGCAAUGGGAAAGCCGCCAACACAAUAAUUAAUAAAAAUUGUAAAAUUGAAUAAAAACAAUUGAUCUUGA